GCGAGUGUUUUUGACGAAGUGACAGUGCGCUCGCGAUGUGACCCUCUGGAUUGCCCCCUCCCGGCGCACAGACCGGGAUACGACACUGUGGAACACCACGAGCUAAAUCUUGAGUCUUGUACCAGCAAGAUAAUACUUUUCAAAAGGAUGGAGGAGUGCGUCCGACCGCGCGACCCUCGCUAGAGGUCACAUUGUGUUCUGCGCGCAGCGGGGCGUGUGGCGGGGCGUGCAGCGGACGGCACUGAGCAGCGGCGGAAUGUGUGUCGCGCGGCCGCUGCUGGGCCUGGCGCUGCUCGCCGCGCUUGCGACCGCGGCCGGCGCGCCGCACCAGCCGGCACCGCGACACUAUCAGCGUCGAACACGCGGCAUCGUGUCCGUGGAGACGCACACGGAGGGCGCGGAGAGCGGCGUGCUGGCGGCCGCGGGGGACGGCCUGGACGCGCUGCAGCUGGCCGAGGUGGCGGGCGUGCCGGCGUGGCGCGAGCUCUGGUUCGGCUCGCUGGACGCGCUGCACGCGCUGCGACAGCCCACCAUCAACAACACCCAGGAGGACGUGGUCGCGCAGCUGGGCGCGCUCGCCUUCCUGCACUGCCCCGUGCGCAACCUCGGCGAGCGCGGCGUGUCGUGGGUGCGGCGGAGAGACUGGCACAUCAUCAGCUCGGGCGUGCUCAUGUACACCAACGACGAGCGCUUCCAGGUCCUACACAGCGAGGGAUCUGAUGACUGGAUCUUGCAAAUCAAAUAUGUUCAGAAGAGAGACAACGGCACCUACGAAUGUCAAGUGUCGACGGGCGCGGGCACGCUGUCGCGGCUGGUGCACCUGCACAUCGCGGUGCCCGAGGCCUUCAUCCUGGGCGCCGACGAGCACCACGUGGACGCCGGCUCCGCCAUCAACCUCGUCUGCAUCAUAGAGAAGAGUCCAGUGCCGCCACAGUACGUAUUUUGGUAUCACAACGCGCGGAUGAUCAACUACGACGCGGCGCGCGGCGUGUCGGUGUCCACGGAGCCGGGCGCCAAGACUCAGAGCACGCUGAGCAUCCGCGCCGCCGCGCCCGCGCACUCCGGCAACUACACGUGCGCCGCCGCCAACACCGAGCCCGCGCACAUCUACGUCUACGUCUCUGAAGGCAGUGACAAGAUGGCAGCAACGUUAAGUCGCAACAAGAGCGCGGGCGCGCGCGCGCGGCCGCCCGUCGCCGCGCUCGUCGCGGUCGCCGCGCUCGCCGCCGCCGCGCUUCCCAGGCCGCGCCUCUCCAGUGGCUAG